AUGCUGUUUACAACUGACGAAGAGAUUACCCAAUUCGGAGGUAAGCUACUCAAGUUGACUCAUGAGUCACUGGUGACGAAGACAUCCAUGAAUGUCAACGUAUUUUUCCCACCAUCUACAACCUCAUCAUCUGUUCCUGUAUUGGUAUAUUUAUCUGGCUUAACAUGUACUCCUAAUAACGCUACUGAAAAGUCAUUCUGGCAAUAUUUUGCUUCUAAAUACGGUUUUGCUGUUGUAUUCCCUGAUACUUCUCCCCGUGGGGCCAAUAUCGAAGGUGAAAAUGAAAGUUAUGACUUUGGUACGGGAGCUGGAUUCUAUGUCGAUGCUACCCAAGAACCUUGGAGUCACAAUUAUAACAUGUACUCCUAUGUUCAUGGAGAAUUGCAAGAAAAGUUAGCACAACAAUUCAAUCAAUUGAACUUCAAUAAUGUAUCAAUAACAGGUCAUUCCAUGGGAGGGUAUGGUGCCUUAUCUGGGUUCUUCAAGAAUCCAGGUAAAUAUAAGUCUGUUAGUGCAUUUGCACCUAUUUCCAACCCUUCUACAUGCGCUUGGGGUGAAAAAUGCUUUGGUAGAUAUUUGGGUGAAGAUAAGAGCUUAUGGAGUAGUUAUGAUCCAACAGAGUUGAUCAAAUCAUACACCGAUUGCAAUCAACCGGACAUUUUGAUCCACCAAGGUGCCAAGGAUCCUUUCUAUUGGAGGGACCAUCAGUUGCAACCCGAGAACUUUGUUAAGGCAGCUGAAGAGCUGGGUUACAAGGGUAAGGUGUUGUUGAAUAUUGUUGAUGGCUAUGACCACUCUUACUUCUUCAUCAGUUCAUUUGUUGAAGACCAUGCCAAACACCACAUAAAAUACCUUGGUCUAGAAUAA